AUGGUUGGAGAAGAGAGAGGAGGAGCUUCAAAGACGGCAUCGUUUUCGGCGUGGUGCAACGACGACACGACCAAGGCGUAUGGAGCCGUGGUGUUGAUACGGCUGAUCUACGCCGGAAUGUUCUUGGUGUCGAAGGCGGCGUUCGACGGCGGCUUGAACCCUGCCGUUUUGGUCUUCUACCGGCAAGCCUUCGCCACCCUCAUCCUCGCUCCUCCUGCCAUCUUCCUCGAAUGGUGCGUGAAGCAUGCACCUCCGCUCUCGCUGCUGACCUUCUGCAAGAUUUUCGUGCUUGCUCUCAUCGGGAUAACCGCGUCGUUGAACCUCAGUGGCUUCGGCUUGCUGUACACCUCUGCCACGUUAGCCGCGGCGACAAUGAAUACCCUUCCGGUCACUACUUUCUUCUUGGCCCUUCUGUUUCGGUCUAUAUCUAUGGCCAAACACAGAGCGGAAACAUUGAGGAUUGGGAGUAAAUCAGGCAAGGCAAAAUUGUUAGGGAUAGUGAUAUGCACAGGCGGAGUAGCAGCCCUAGCUUUGUAUGAAGGCCCCCAUUUCAAGGUCCUCUGCCUCUUCAAACAUGGUUUAGGGCAAAGGGAGAGCAGACAGUCUUACAAAACGUGGAUCAAAGGUUGUGCCUUGAUGCUCUCGUCUGACUUCACUUGGGGCUAUUGGCUUAUUUUUCAGGCAAGACUUCAGAAGAGUUAUCCACCAAAGCUUCUAUUCACGGCUAUUCAAUGUGCUUCGGGCUCGAUUCAGUCAUUUGCCAUUGCAAUUACCAUGGAAAGAGAUUUCAAUGAGUGGAAACUUGGCUGGGAUAUGAAACUUGUAGCCGUGGUUUAUUGUGGAGUUAUGGUGACUGGGGUAAGCUAUUACUUGCAAGCAUGGGUUAUAGAGAAGAAAGGUCCAGUCUUUGUUGCCCUCUCCACUCCUUUGGCUUUCAUCUUCACAACGAUAUGCUCUGCAGUUUCGUGUGACUUCAUCAACAUUGGAAGCAAUAUCAAGAUAACAGUAUGGACUCAAUAG